GGGAAACUGAACCUUGUAUCAUUUGACAACUCCAGCUAUUGAAAAUGAAAUCUACAAAAGUAUUUUUGGUAAUUGCUGCUGGUGUCACUUGCUUUUUAUUUCUAGCUGCAGCAAUUAUAAUUCUGGCUGUAUUUCUGGUAAAAGCUUCCAAUUCUGAGAAUGUUUACUACGGUGCAACAUUCCGAAUACUAGACGAUUCCUACAACCAAAACUUAGCCUCACAUAAAUCAAAAGAGUUUUCUCAAUUAUCGCAAGAAACCAUAAAAUUGUUGAACACAGUGUACACGAACUCCAACUUGUCUUCAAAUUUCAUAAGUGCAAAAGUUGUAGAAUUCAAGCCAGGUAGUAUUAUAGUGAGAAACGUAGUAGAGUUCAACACCAAAGGAAGCUCCUCUAUAACAAAAGCUUCAGUGGACAACACAUUCCAUCAAAGCCUGCAGAAAAGCAGUAUCGACAACGAAAUCGCUUUCCUUGGUCGUUUUAAAAUAGACCUGAAUUCAAUUCAGUUCACUGAACUCACUGAGGCAGAUGUGCUGGAUCUUUUCCCCCAAGCUACAAAGACAACAACGUCAAGUCCACACCCUACAUUUGACAUCAUGGUUAACUCAACUAUGCAAAAUAACUCUGCAAAUGUUCCUGUGAUAAACACCACAACUCCCAGAAACAUAAUUACAUCAAGCAAGUCUUGUGGCACUCAGCCUGAAAUAAUCAGUAGGAUUGUUGGCGGAACAGACUCGGUGCAGGGUGAAUGGCCCUGGCAAGUGAGCCUUCAGGUCAGGAGGUCACACGUGUGUGGGGCUUCUAUCAUCUCUGACAGGUGGCUCCUCUCUGCAGCUCACUGUUUCCAGGGUGUCUGGGCCAAUCAAUCGCAGUGGACAGCUUACAUGGGGUCAACUAUUAUAGGAAAAGGUACAUCAAGAGCCAUCAAAAGGAUUGUUACUCAUCCCAAUUUCGGCAAGACAUUACAGCAAUUUGAUUAUGACGUUGCAGUGCUGGAGCUUUCCUCUCCUCUCUCGUUCACUAACUUCAUACGGCCAGUGUGUCUUCCAUCAACGACCCACAUCUUCUCUGAUGGUCAGACCUGCACCGUCACAGGAUGGGGAACUCUUUCAUAUCUAGGUGAUCUUCCAACGAUCCUUCAAAAAGCCAAUAUAAAAAUCAUCAGAAACUCCUUGUGCAGACGUUUGUAUAAAAACUCUAUUACCAACAGAAUGAUGUGUGCUGGCAUCUUGGAAGGAGGAGUUGAUUCUUGUCAGGGUGAUUCCGGAGGUCCACUUAUCUGCCAGCAGUCCGAUGGGACAUGGCUUCAGGCUGGAAUUGUAAGCUUUGGUAAAGAGUGUGCUUUACCCAAUGUAACUGGAGUGUACUCUCGUGUCACAUCCCUCCGAAUUUGGGUGCUGAAUGAGACUGGUGUGUAGAAAACAAUGACCUGUGACUGGGAUGUGGAGAAUUGAAAAACAUCAGGGCAUGAUUGUGCCAAAAAAUUAGGGUCUCACUGAUUUUCCAAUUUCUGCAUCAUCAGGAAAACUCUUGUGCUUAGUGUUUUCCCACACAAAUGUUUUCUACCAUUACAUGUUUGAUUGAGGGUUGUCGGGGGUGGUGGGGGAUUCUGACAGAGGAAAGAGCAAGAGAGGAA